AGAAUAAGAAGAAGAAAAAGGUUUUCGUUCAGUAACUUUUGCGGUCAGUUCGGAUCGUGUCUCGUACGCCUUGCUUAAAAGGUUUUGAGUUUCUGUGAAUCAACCGAUAAUCUACCCGUGCCGGUCACAAAACAAGAACCAAACAUGUCCUCCGAAGUUGUCGUACCCCCUCCAGCGAUUUGGGCCCAGAGGAACGAUGUUAUAUAUUUGACACUGAAUGUAGAGUGUCCGGAUCCUACAUUCAAGUUCACAGAGGACUCCAUGUACUUCAAAGGUGUCGGUUUGCCAGAAAAAAAGAACCACGAAGUGACCAUAAACUUCUACAGCAAAAUAAAUCCCGACAAAGUGGUAAGCAAAAACACCAGCCGUUGCAUUGAAUUCGUGAUCUCCAAGGCAGAUACCAAGGAAUCGUACUGGCCAAAGCUUACGAACGACAAGAACAAACCCCACUGGCUCAAAGUUGAUUUCAACCGAUGGAAAGACGAAGGAUCCGAUGAUGAAACAAAUGAAUUCGAUAAUCAAAUGUCACUGGAUGACAUGUUGCGGUCGAAUAAUGACAACAAACUAUCCUUCGACGACCUGGACGAUGAUCAGGAAGAUUCGGAUGAUGAGGCGAUGCCUGGUUUAACCGAGGAUAAAGAUGAAAAAGAGGAAGACAAAAAAUAAAAUGGAUCGAUUGUGACCGAAAUAUCCCGCUGUCUGCAGUUUGCGUACUAAAAUGCAGAUGCGCCAAUAAUAAAGCUACUGGAAAACAUUAAACAGACAGUCAAAAUCAACUAACGAAUUGUGUAAUUUUAUUUUAAAAAUAAGAGGGAUUUACAGCAUUGAGUAACGAUUUGAGGAAUCCAUUAGUUGGUUAAGAAAAGUUUGUGUGCGGUUAGCAGUUAAAAUUCACCGAGUAAGUAUAGGUUGAACUUUAAAUAAAGCAUAAACAAACGUCUUUGGAGCACCGUCGUAUGAAAAAAAACAUCUUAGUAGACACCGAGACAGAGAUUUCUAUGGAAAUUUACUGUUUUUAUCCGUUUUCUCAUUUGCAUUAGUUUAUUUUCUAUUUCAUUAAAUAAAAGUGAACUAAACAUACCAA